GCAGUGACAGUAUUGGGGGAGUGGGAAGAUGGCGGCGUCGCGUCGCUCUCAGCAUCAUCACCACCAUCAUCAACAACAGCUCCAGCCCGCCCCAGGGGCUUCGGCUCCGCCACCGCCACCUCCCCCGCCGCUCAGCCCCGGCCUGGCCCCGGGACCCACCCCGGCCUCGCCCACGGCCGGAGGCCUGGCGCCCUUCGCCUCCCCGCGGCACGGCCUGGCGCUGCCAGAGGGGGAUGGCAGCCGGGACCCGCCCGACAGGCCGCGAUCUCCCGACCCGGUGGACGGGGCGGUCUGCACGGUGGCAACCACGGCCGCGGUCCCGGCAGCUUCCGCCGCCGUCGGAGUCGCUCCCAGCCCCGCCGGCGGUGGCGGUAACAACUCCGCGUCGUCCACUUCUUCCCCGACUUCUUCUUCGUCUUCCUCCCCGUCCUCCCCUGGCUCGAGCUUAGCGGAGAGCCCCGAGGCGUCCGGAGUCGGCUCCACGGCAACUUUGGGACCCGGGGCGGCGGGCCUUGGCCCGGGGGUCCCAGCGGUGAGUGGGGCCCUGCGGGAGCUGCUGGAAGCCUGUCGCAAUGGGGACGUGUCCCGGGUGAAGAGGUUGGUGGACGCAACGAACGUGAAUGCAAAGGACAUGGCCGGCCGAAAGUCUUCUCCCCUGCACUUCGCAGCAGGUUUUGGAAGGAAGGAUGUUGUAGAACACCUCCUGCAGAUGGGUGCCAAUGUCCAUGCUCGUGAUGAUGGGGGCCUCAUCCCACUUCAUAAUGCCUGUUCUUUCGGCCAUGCUGAGGUUGUGAAUCUGUUGCUGUGUCAAGGAGCAGAUCCCAAUGCCAGAGAUAACUGGAACUACACACCUCUACAUGAAGCUGCCAUUAAAGGGAAAAUCGAUGUCUGUAUCGUGCUGCUGCAGCACGGAGCCGAUCCAAACAUUCGGAACACUGAUGGGAAAUCAGCUCUGGACCUGGCAGAUCCUUCAGCGAAAGCUGUCCUCACAGGUGAAUACAAAAAAGACGAACUCCUAGAAGCUGCUAGGAGUGGUAAUGAAGAAAAACUAAUGGCUUUACUGACACCUCUAAAUGUGAAUUGCCAUGCAAGUGAUGGGCGAAAGUCUACUCCGUUACACCUGGCAGCAGGCUACAACAGAGUUCGGAUAGUUCAGCUGCUUCUACAGCACGGUGCUGAUGUUCAUGCAAAGGACAAAGGCGGACUUGUACCUCUUCAUAAUGCAUGCUCAUAUGGACACUAUGAGGUCACAGAACUGCUGUUAAAGCAUGGAGCGUGUGUUAACGCUAUGGACCUGUGGCAGUUUACUCCACUACAUGAAGCUGCUUCCAAGAACCGUGUAGAAGUCUGUUCUUUGUUGCUUAGCCAUGGUGCUGAUCCUACCUUGGUCAACUGCCAUGGCAAAAGUGCUGUCGAUAUGGCUCCAACUCCUGAGCUCCGGGAAAGACUGACUUAUGAAUUUAAAGGCCAUUCUUUACUACAAGCAGCCAGAGAAGCAGACCUGGCCAAAGUUAAGAAAACACUUGCUUUGGAAAUCAUUAACUUCAAGCAGCCACAGUCUCAUGAAACAGCAUUGCACUGUGCUGUAGCCUCCUUGCAUCCCAAACGAAAGCAAGUGGCAGAACUGCUCCUUAGGAAAGGAGCCAAUGUCAAUGAAAAAAACAAGGAUUUCAUGACCCCUUUGCAUGUCGCAGCUGAAAGGGCCCACAAUGAUGUCAUGGAAGUUCUGCAUAAGCAUGGAGCAAAGAUGAAUGCACUGGACAGUCUCGGGCAGACGGCUUUGCAUAGAGCUGCCUUAGCAGGCCAUCUGCAGACCUGCCGCCUCCUGCUGAGUUACGGCUCUGACCCAUCCAUCAUCUCCUUGCAAGGCUUUACCGCAGCACAAAUGGGCAGUGAAGCAGUGCAGCAGAUUCUGAGCGAGAGUACUCCUAUCCGCACUUCUGAUGUGGACUAUCGACUUCUGGAGGCCUCAAAAGCUGGGGACUUGGAAACUGUGAAGCAACUGUGCAGCCCACAGAAUGUGAAUUGCAGAGAUCUGGAGGGCCGGCAUUCUACACCCCUGCACUUUGCUGCAGGCUAUAACCGUGUGUCUGUUGUGGAGUACCUUCUGCACCAUGGAGCUGAUGUCCAUGCCAAAGACAAAGGUGGUUUGGUUCCCCUUCACAAUGCCUGUUCCUAUGGACACUACGAGGUAGCUGAGCUCUUGGUGAGGCAUGGGGCUUCUGUCAAUGUGGCGGACUUGUGGAAAUUUACCCCUCUCCAUGAAGCAGCAGCCAAGGGAAAAUAUGAAAUCUGCAAGCUCCUUCUAAAACAUGGAGCAGAUCCAACUAAGAAGAACAGAGAUGGAAAUACACCCCUAGAUCUGGUCAAAGAAGGAGACACAGAUAUUCAGGACUUACUGAGGGGGGAUGCCGCCCUGUUGGAUGCUGCCAAGAAGGGCUGCCUGGCCAGAGUGCAGAAGCUUUGUACUCCAGAGAAUAUCAACUGCAGAGACACCCAGGGGAGAAACUCAACUCCUCUGCACCUAGCAGCAGGCUACAAUAACCUGGAAGUAGCCGAAUACCUUCUAGAGCAUGGAGCAGAUGUUAAUGCCCAGGACAAAGGAGGUUUAAUCCCACUUCACAAUGCAGCAUCUUAUGGGCAUGUUGACAUAGCAGCGUUACUGAUAAAAUACAACACAUGUGUAAACGCAACGGAUAAGUGGGCCUUUACUCCGCUUCACGAAGCUGCCCAGAAAGGAAGGACGCAGCUGUGUGCCCUACUCCUAGCUCAUGGCGCAGACCCAACCAUGAAGAACCAAGAAGGUCAGACACCUCUAGAUCUGGCAACGGCUGAUGAUAUCCGAGCUUUGCUGAUCGAUGCCAUGCCCCCAGAGGCCUUACCUACCUGCUUUAAACCUCAGGCAACUGUGGUUAGUGCCUCUCUGAUCUCACCAGCGUCCACCCCCUCCUGCCUCUCCGCUGCCAGCAGCAUAGAUAACCUCACUGGCCCUUUGGCGGAGCUGGCUGUCGGAGGGGCCUCCAAUGCAGGGGAUGGCGCUGCCGGCGCAGAGAGGAAAGAAGGAGAAGUUGCGGGUCUUGACAUGAAUAUCAGCCAGUUCCUUAAAAGCCUUGGCCUUGAACACCUUCGGGAUAUCUUUGAAACAGAACAGAUUACAUUAGAUGUGUUGGCUGAUAUGGGUCAUGAAGAAUUGAAAGAAAUAGGCAUCAAUGCAUAUGGACACCGCCACAAGUUAAUCAAGGGCGUUGAAAGACUUCUAGGUGGACAACAAGGAACCAAUCCAUAUUUGACUUUUCACUGCGUGAAUCAGGGAACUAUUUUGCUAGAUCUUGCUCCAGAAGAUAAAGAGUAUCAGUCAGUAGAGGAAGAGAUGCAGAGUACUAUUCGAGAACACAGAGAUGGUGGGAAUGCUGGUGGCAUUUUCAACAGAUACAAUGUCAUUCGGAUUCAGAAAGUUGUGAACAAGAAACUGAGGGAGCGGUUCUGUCACAGACAAAAGGAGGUGUCUGAGGAGAAUCACAACCAUCACAAUGAACGCAUGCUGUUCCAUGGUUCUCCUUUCAUUAAUGCAAUUAUUCAUAAAGGGUUUGAUGAACGACACGCAUAUAUUGGAGGGAUGUUUGGAGCUGGGAUUUACUUUGCUGAAAACUCCUCAAAAAGCAACCAGUAUGUAUAUGGGAUUGGAGGAGGAACGGGCUGCCCCACACACAAAGACCGGUCCUGUUACAUUUGUCACAGACAAAUGCUUUUCUGUAGAGUGACCCUUGGGAAGUCCUUUCUGCAAUUCAGCACCAUGAAAAUGGCCCACGCUCCUCCAGGACAUCAUUCGGUCAUUGGUAGACCAAGUGUCAAUGGGCUGGCAUAUGCUGAGUAUGUCAUCUACAGAGGAGAACAGGCAUAUCCAGAAUAUCUCAUCACCUACCAGAUCAUGAAGCCAGAAGCCCCUUCACAGACGGCAACAGCUGCAGAGCAGAAGACCUAGUGACUGCCUGGUGAAGGCCAGAGUUGAGUCAAACCUGCAACUGGAUUACAGUGGAUUGCUUCCAACAAAAAACCACUAUUGUAUGAACCCAACAGCCAAGAACUAAGCUGUUUGUCUUUUAGAAAGCAUCACUAGAGUGACGAUAAGAAUGAAUGAGUGAGUGAGCGGACUCACCUGCCACUGUUCCCUCUGAGGAAAUGGUUACUGGGCGGCCUUGAACAUGGCUCGGGCUCAUUUUCUUGCGGUCACCCAUGUCCAAAGCAGGAUGCUUUGCUCGAGCCAUGAAAUGGGAAAAGAGGGCAUUCACACACUACGUUUUCUUUGUUGUGUUUGCCACCUGCGUAGCAGAUAGACAGUACAUAUAUGAUACAUAUGACUGGCUCGCUUUUUAAUUUUGCCAAACAUGCAUUGUUGAUGCUUCUCGUCGUCGUCGUCGUCGUUGUUGUUGUUGUUGUUACUUUGAGAAUGGGCCAGUCUUCCUGGGAUAUUUUGCACACAGUCACACUGACUAAAGUCCUUAGCAAUGCAACCAGAACUUGUAGCCUAGCAAGACACAGUUUCCACUUCUCUUGUUAGAUUUUGUAUCUCUGCUUCUUGUGAACAUAAGAAAAGGCAUCAAGACUAGUUUCCUUUUAUAAACUGGUCCAUUUUAAAAGAAAGGUCUCUGUGCUCUUUGCAGUCCUCGGGGUCUACUGGACCAGGGAGAGGUCUAAGGGAGGCAGGUAUGACUUCUCUUCCUGGUGAGUGACUAGCAGGUUGUGAUAAGGGACCCCAAUAAGAAAGGGGAUGAGUAAAAACAAGGCUUUGUGACUACAGCCAGGCAAACCCAGGGUUGUCUCCGAGUUAAUCUGACCCUCCAGAAUUGUCACCCCUGACAUCACCCUCUGCUUCCAAAGUCAGGGACCUGUCGUUCUCCAUUCAGGUCCCCAGCAUUUUACUCGCCUCUUUAUUAGUUUAGAAAGCCAGGAUUCAACCCCAAGUAAUAAGUAUGCACAAAUGCAAGGACCUUUUGUUUACUCCAGAUUUGGCCUUUAUUUUGAGUAGUAUGCUUCAAAUGGUUUACAGAGAUCCCUUUUCUCAAUUUUUGAACCAUUUCUUCAAAGUUCUUAAUAUAUUUAGACAAGGAAAACGUAAAUUGAAACCAAAGGCUCUUUGACUUAUUUUUUUAAAUGCCACUGAUAGAGAAAUGUCUCUUUGUGAAAGUACUGCUUGUUGUAGUAGCAUUGGCCAAGUGUGCGUGACAUUGAGCAGAACCGUGCUUCCUUCUGAUGCCCUGUGGACCUAAGUGACGAUUGAAUUGAACGCAUCGCUUUAUUUAGGUUCAUGCUGCGCAUCUGUCCACCCAGCUGUGAAGCAAAGGUCAUGUUAACAUAGAGGGAAAACAGUGUGACACACCCAUUUCAACCGGAAGUCCUGAAAACUAGUAGUUGCUGGUUUUUUUUUGUUUUGUUUUGUUUUUUGUCUUUGUUUUUUUUUUUAAUGUAAGUGUAUUAAGCUGUGACUGCCUGCAUUUCCCUGGCUCUCAAAAUACACAUUUCUUUUUUUUUAAUUUAUUUAAUUUUUAUUAGAUUCAGCCCAAUGGUAGAACUAGACAUCCAGUCUAGGGUGAAUUUUAUAGCUACAUCUUGCAUGGGUUCCUCAAAUUAAAUCAAGAAUUAGCCUCAGUUUUCACUUCUGUUGAAGUUCAGUGGCCUGAGCUGGGUGAUUGUGUUUUUGACUAUGUGUUUAAUAGCAACUAGGGUUCCAUAUAAAGCUUCAAACUUUGAUGUUGACUUAGAGAGCUUUCUCCUUCCUCCCCCCCCCCCCCCUCCAGCCCCAACUGUUAACAAAUGUUGGAGAAAUUGUCGUCUAUAUAGUUGUAGUAGCUACAGUGUAUGUGUUAUUUUCCCACCCCUGAUCUAGUUGAAAAUGCUAAACACUGCUGUGAGUUCAGUUAAGUAAAGGAGUGGUCUAAACAUGGGAAGCCUUACAGCUUCUUUACAAGACGAACCACUGUCUGCUGCGUCAUCUCCACUGCACUAGCUAGAUUCACUUACCUUGAGAGGUUACCUGUGCUUCCCUAAACCACCCGCGCUGUGUCUGACGUUCUCUGUGCCAGGGAAAGACACUGUACAGGAAGACGUUUGCAGUGCUUGUGGUCUCAUGAUUAGUCACAUAUGACAGAAUGCACAUAUAUGAUCUGUUUUAAAAGAGUGGGUCAGCAGAGCUAAUAGGUAUUUUUAGAACUUGGAAACCAAAGGCAUCCAAGUGUAUUCAAGUUGGCAAAAGAAUUCCCUUGUUUAGCACUAUGAAGAGCCCUCUGGAAUAUAAAGGCAUGGCAUGUGACUGAAUUGUGUUUAGUGUCUGUGUGUGCGUUAUUUAGAACCACUGCGGCUUCCCCACAGAGCUGCAGAGAAGCCAAGUGUCUCCAAGCCUCACGUCCAAGGGCUUUCCUAGAGACCUCGUGACCCAGUUUACCAGCUCUGGCCAGCUCCACACUCAACUCAGGCAUAAAUUCGGGACACUUGUCCUCUGCUUUCCUUCUGCUUCUCCCCAGAUUGCUACUCUAGUGUCAGAAGUCACCCCUGCGCUUGGCCCCAUUCACUCUCUCUCUUCCUUUCUUCAUAUUGGGUCUUACAGAAGGACUCCAGCUAUCUGUAAUUUCACAUCAAAACCAGAACUGGGCUUAGUCCUCAUCCACUUUCUGCUCAAAAGAUCCUGCCAGUUUGCUGACAAAUGACAUUACGGAAUCCAGUGUUUUCAUUCUAUGCAGAAUAAUAGCUGUACAGCCAGGAUUCCUACUUUCCUUUCCCUUCUUGGUGGUUAGAACUCCAGGCAGGGUAGCAGAGAAACACCACUAACCUCUCAUGGAAGCUCCUGGGGCUCCUCUGAGUGUCAUGUUACUGACUACUCAUUUCUCUUCGCUGUCAGAAUAGCAAAGUGUGUUUGGAACAUAUAGAGAAGUACUUGACUAUGGCAAGCUAAUAAACCUACCUUAACAUCUUACUAUCUUAGGUAUUAUUUCAAACAAUAAUAUUUUGGUUAAUGCUAGAAAGCAGCAUUAGAAUGCAGUUAAUUAUCUAGGUUUUCCUCUAUUUCAGUAUAUUCUCAGUUGCAUGAAAGGUAAUCAGACGUUGUUCCCGCUUCCCUUUUAAACAUCCAUUGUUUGGAUUCCUCUAAAUGGCCUUGUGUAUUUUUAAGCCCAUCUUCUCCCUAUCCUGUCCCCCAGCCCUUGUACCCAGAUCUUGUUUGUGAGACAGCUUUCUUACUAUGUUUCCUGUUGUAUGGAGUUAAAAACUUUAGAGUCAUUCAGCAAAUAUUCAAAAAUGACAUUAAAAUAGGUUUUCAUGUAUCAGAAAUUAAAGACUGGUGUUUGGUGUCAAAACAAUGACAAAGAAAUGAGAGUAAUUUUUAAAAUAAUAUUUAAACUAUCGCUAGCUAUAUCUAGCAUAUUAAAAAAAUUUUUUUAGAUACCACCCUAAAAAGUGAGGCUUCUUCUUCAGCCAACUUGUGCAUUCUGCAGUUACCAGACUAUGGCAUUUUUCUUAAGACAGCCUAUCUGUGGCAGAAAAUUUCUUAACCUUUUCUAUCCUAGCAGUGAAACAUGAAUCCAUUUCUUAGUACUUGAAAUGUGUCAGUGAGUGGGCAUGUGUCUGUAUUUCAUACCUGGUGUGUUUUAUGGAGGUGUAUUUUAUAAGUAAUACUGCACACACAAUGGAGCUGAUGGAACCAGUCAGCUCCAGUUUCCCAUGUGAAGUUCCUCCACCUCCAAGUCUUCCGGUUUGAAAGAACACUAGACAGAUUUCCAAACCUGUGGACUUAUGUGGGGGAUUCAUAGUAUAUGGUACCAUGUAGAGUCUGAGUAGUGUGGAAGUUGCUUUUUAAUCAUUUUAACGUAUAGACUAUGAUAUGUUGAACUCAAAACCUGUAGGAAGUAAAAUAAAGAUUUUAUAUAUUCUGUAAGAUCCAGUGUGGUCAUGGUGUGGCCAGUUUUACACUUCUGUCAGAGUUCUGCAAAAUUGAGGUCACAGUCACACCAUAGAGACAGUUUCAUUUUGACCCUUCCAUUCUUUCCAACUCUCCUCUGCUGUACACUUCCUAUCUCCUCCCCCUUUAUAUCCUUUCAAAGAUUUUUUUCCUCAUCUUCCAGAAUUGUUUGUCUACCCUUCUCAAGUACCCCUGAAUGCUUCUUGUUAGCUCAAAUUUGUUAACAGUCUCUCUGAACCCCUCCCAGUGUGCGGGAAGAAAAACUAGAAAAUGUCACAGUAAAAGAAAAGAAGGAACUGAAAUUUUUGAAGCUAGUAGCAUAGACCUAGAAAGUAACCUUGCUGUAUAAUAAACAUAUUCACUACACAGAACACUUAAACUCUCCUUGUGUGUACAGUACCUGCUUCUGCUCCCAGUGUUUUAUGCUCAUCUUAUCUUUGCAGUCAUAAUAUUUGUCUUUGAUACCUACAGAACUAAAAAGGUACUUUGAUGGCAAGAACUCUCAAAAACAUACUGAACCAGCUUUGAGGAAAUUUAGCGUGUUCCUGGCAACAGCAUUUGGAGUCAUGAUUGUGUUUCCUUACUGUGAUGUUGGUCUGUGUAAAUAAGCAGGGUAGUGGUCCUUGAGUCUGUAGUUAGUGUUCUGUUGUUCUUAGUCUCUGUGUAAUUGCCAGUGACAGGGUUCCAGUCCCCCCUUGUUCCUUUUUGCAUUUGCCCAUCUGUAGGCUUGUCAGACAACAUACAAGAUGCCCAGUUAGAUUUGAAUUUCAGGCAAAUUUUUAGCUCAAGUAUAUUUCAUGCAAUGUUUGACAUAUCUGUGCAUUUUUUAAAAUGUUCAUUAACUUAUCUGAAAUUCAGAUUUUGACUGAAUAGUCUAGAUUUUUGUUUUAUUUGUAGUUUUUUUAAACCUAGUAGCCCUAGAAGUUUGAUCACAAGGAUUCCCUCAGCAUGUAAAUUCUCUGCUCUUUGUAGCUUCCACCUGAAAUGGAAGAUCUUUGUUUUCUCUCUCACACCUUCUACUUCUUUCUAAAAGAGGCAUCAAGCAACUUAACCAGCCUACAUGGUGAGUUUCUGUUUGAAACAUCUCUGUGAUUAUAUUUAACCUGUAAUUGUGCUUUGGCUUAAUGUCUAACUUACAGUACUUGUAACUGAUUACUAUUCAAUAAAAAACAUUUGAAAGUA